CGAGGAUCCCUGUGGGUCAGCCCCAGCCCCGUCCCCGUCCCCCGAGCCGGGGGGCAGCGCGCAGUCAGGUGAGCGGCCCCCGGGUCACCUCCCCGGAACGUGCUCGGACCUCCACGUUGUGUUUACACGGAGUGAGGUCCAAAAAGCCUUCCCGUACCAAAGCUGCCUUAUCGCCCGCUCCUCGGCCGCCCCCCGGACCUAUAAAAGGGCGGCCACCGCCGGCUCCGGCCGGGAGGGACACGGGAGGCGACCGGAGCCAGCCCGACCAUGCUGCUGAAGGCCGCGCUGCUCCUGUCCCUCGUGGCCGCUCGCCCAGGUGGGUGCGGGCACGGGGGCUUUGGGGUGCCGGGGCUGGGUGGACAACACCACACUGACCCCCCGCUCCCACCCGCAGCGUCCCCRGCCAAACCGGCACAGGGCGGCUUCUGGGACUACCUGAGCCAGCUGACCGGUGACAAGGACAGCCUGGAGCAUGGCCAGAGCAAGCUGGGCACGGACAUCAGGAACCUGAAGGAGAGCAUCCAGGAUGGGGUGAGCUCCGUGGGGACCCUCCUGGAGAAGCUGUCCCCGCUGAGGCAGRGCCCGCAGCCGCAGCUGUCCCCAGAGCCGGCCGGGCUGCGCAAGGUGCUGCGGCGGGAGCUGGAGAGCCUGCGGCUGCAGCUGGCCCCGUACGUGGACGAGGCGCACCAGCAGGUCGGGCAGCGGCUGGACGAGCUGCGGCAGCAGCUGCAGCCCUUCACCGAGGAGCUGCUGGACCAGGUGUCCCUGCGGGCCCGCGAGCUGCGCCGGCGCCUGCUGCCCAGCCGCCAGGUGACCGAGCAGCUCCUGGACGGCGCCGACGAGCUGCAGCGCUUCGCCGGCCACUACGCCGACAAGAUCGCCUUCCACACGGAGCAGCUGAAGGACAUCUUCCAGCCGUACACGGCGCGGCUGCUGAGCGAGAUCCACCGCAACGUGGACGAGCUGCACCGCAGCGUGGCCCCGCACGCCCGCGCCAGCCCCGAGCAGCUCAACCUGCACAUCCAGGAGCUGUCGGCCAAGCUGAGCCGCAACGCGCGCGACCUGCACCGGCAGAUCCAGCGGAACCUGGAGCAGCUCCGGGCCAAGCUGAGCCGGGUCCCCGGCAGCCUGGCGGAGCGCCCGGGCCGCUCCCGGGAGRYGCUGGCGCGGGAGGUGCAGCGGCGYGUGGAGGAGUUCCGGCGGGACACGUACGCACAGAUCCAGGCCUUCACGCGGGCGCUGGACCAGGAGACCGAGGAGAUGCGGCUGAAGCUGAGCGCCCGGCCGGAGCUGCCCCAGGAGCCGCUGGACGCCACGCCGCCGCCCGUGGAGGAGCUCCGCGCCCGGCUGGACGCGCUGUGGAGGGACCUGGCGCUGAGCCUGAGCGAGCGCGGAGCCGAGGGGCCCGGGAGGGACGGGACGGGGGAGGAACCCCAAUAAAGGAGCCGCCAUCGCGGCUGUGUGUCA